AAUCCGGCGCGCCAGCGGGUGAUCAUCAACAUUGCUGGGCUGAGGUUUGAGACUCAGCUCAGAACCCUCGAUCAGUUCCCAGAGACGCUCCUGGGAGACCGGGAGAAAAGGAUGCAGUUCUUUGACUCCAUGAGAAAUGAAUAUUUCUUUGACCGGAACCGGCCCAGUUUUGAUGGAAUCCUAUAUUAUUACCAAUCUGGUGGGAAAAUCCGGCGCCCAGCCAAUGUCCCUAUCGAUGUCUUUGCUGAUGAGAUUUCCUUUUAUGAGCUGGGUAACGAGGCUAUGGACCAGUUCCGAGAGGACGAAGGCUUCAUCAAAGACCCUGAAACACUGCUCCCCACCAAUGACUUCCACCGGCAGUUCUGGCUCCUCUUCAAGUACCCUGAGAGCUCCAGUGCUGCCCGUGGUGUGGCUGUGGUCUCGGUGUUGGUUGUGGUCAUCUCCAUCACAAUCUUCUGCCUGGAGACACUGCCAGAGUUCCGGGAGGAUAGGGAGCUGAAGGUGGUCAGGGACCCCAGCCUCAACACGAGCAGGACCGUCCUCUCCCACGCCCUGUUCACUGACCCUUUCUUCAUGGUGGAGUCCACCUGCAUCGCGUGGUUCACCUUGGAACUGUUGCUCCGGUUCGUGGUCUGCCCCAGCAAGACCGACUUCUUCAGGAACAUCAUGAACAUCAUCGACAUCAUUUCCAUCACCCCCUACUUCGCAACUCUCAUCACAGAGCUGGUGCAGGACACAGAGCCGAGCGCCCAGCAGAACAUGUCCCUGGCCAUCCUGAGGAUCAUCCGGCUGGUGAGGGUCUUCCGCAUCUUCAAGCUCUCCCGCCUGCUUGCCCUCCCUGUGCCUGUCAUCGUCUCCAACUUCAACUACUUCUACCACCGGGAGACCGAGAAUGAGGAGAAGCAAAACAUCCCGGGAGAAAUCGAAAGAAUCCUCAUCCUCAACAGCGCGGGCUCAAGAACGGGCAGCACAGACUCUCUCAGUGAGACCAGGGGCGGCUGUUCCACGGAGAAGUCCAGCAAGUGAUCGGUCCAAGGCUUCUUGGGUCCCUGUGUGUUUCUCCCUCUCUCCUUCCCUCCCU